AUGUUCAUAGUUAAGCAUGAGGAUAGAAUCUAUGAAUUAAUAUUUGCCGAAUGUUCACGUAUUGUUUGUGGUGGCACCAAAGAAGAAGAUGAUAGAGUGAAACUGUGGCGGGAACUUAAUGAUGGCUUAUAUUGGGCGAAUAGAGGGUGUAGAUUGGUUGAAAAUGAGUUCGGUAUUCUUGGGUUCCAAGUUGCUGGACAAAAGUUUAAUCUAUAUGUUCUUAUCCGAGAUCAUGAAGAUAUAAGCCGUCUAUUUCUUUUACGAUCUGUAGAUAUCCCGACACAGUAUACAGAUAACAAAAAAGCUGUAUUUGAAUUUGUAGAGACUUUGUUGUUGCUACGAAGAAUCUUGAUCGUUGAUCUGUCUUUGCUAUUUAACUCUAGAACGCGUGGUAGUGAUGAAGGUAGUUCGACAGUAUCUUCGCCCCCACCUAAUACUUAA